UCUGCUGCUUCUCACAGUACGAGCAGCCGCUGCUGUGACGGAUGGACGACCUGGAGACACCCCGGCGCGGACCUGUUUCACUCGUCAGUUAGCUUCCUUUUGAAUGCAGCGGGGGAUUUCUAACUGGAGUUUGUCUCAUUCGUGUUUAGAAACCCAAGACUUUCCCCCUUUUUGUCAUUUUUGUUUUCUCUAGCCGAGUCGCUUCCCGUUUUUGCCCCCUAGCCGACCAGAUCGAUUGUCCGUCGUAUAAAAAAAGGGCGUGUGUUCGGAGGGGAAGGUAGUUUGAAACAUUUCUUGCGGGUAUUUAUGGUGUUUACGACGUUUUUUCGCACCGUCUGGGUCUGAAGGACACGGUGGAGGAUGGGGUGCACGCUGAGUACCGAGGACAAGGCGGCUGUGGAGCGCAGCAAGAUGAUCGACAGGAAUCUGCGGGACGACGGGGAGAAGGCAGCCCGGGAGGUCAAGCUGCUGCUGCUCGGUGCUGGUGAAUCAGGAAAAAGCACAAUUGUGAAGCAGAUGAAGAUCAUCCACGAGGCAGGUUACUCAGAAGAGGAGUGUAAGCAGUACAAGGCCGUGGUCUACAGCAACACCAUUCAGUCCAUCAUCGCCAUCAUCAGAGCCAUGGGGCGCCUCAAGAUCGACUUUGGGGAUGCCGCGAGAGCUGAUGACGCCCGGCAGCUGUUUGUGCUGGCGGGCUCGGCAGAGGAGGGCUUCAUGACAUCCGAGCUGGCUGGUGUCAUCAAGCGGCUCUGGAAGGACGGAGGUGUGCAGGCCUGCUUCGGUCGCUCCCGCGAGUAUCAGCUGAACGACUCGGCAGCAUACUACUUGAACGACUUGGACAGGAUAUCCCAGUCCACCUACAUUCCCACUCAGCAAGACGUCCUGAGGACCCGAGUGAAAACCACGGGCAUCGUGGAGACACACUUCACGUUCAAGGAUCUGCACUUCAAGAUGUUCGACGUGGGCGGACAGAGGUCUGAGAGGAAGAAGUGGAUCCAUUGCUUUGAGGGUGUGACGGCCAUCAUCUUCUGCGUGGCCCUGAGCGACUACGACCUGGUCCUGGCCGAGGACGAGGAGAUGAACCGAAUGCAUGAGAGCAUGAAGCUGUUCGACAGCAUCUGCAACAACAAGUGGUUCACAGACACCUCCAUCAUCCUCUUCCUCAACAAGAAGGACCUGUUUGAGGAGAAAAUCAAGAGGAGUCCUCUGACCAUCUGCUACCCAGAAUACGCCGGCUCCAACACGUACGAGGAAGCCGCCGCCUACAUCCAGUGUCAGUUUGAGGACCUGAACAAGAGGAAGGACACCAAGGAGAUUUACACCCACUUCACCUGCGCCACAGAUACUAAAAAUGUGCAGUUUGUCUUCGACGCCGUCACCGACGUCAUCAUCAAGAACAACCUGAAAGACUGUGGUCUGUUCUGAAGAUCACGUUUCCCUGUUGUGUUGGUGGAGGAACCAGCUUGUCGUGAGGAUGAGACGAGUCGCGAGGAGCAGAGAUGGACCAGUGCUGUACUAUACGCCACUUUUAACAGCUUUAUUUAUGUAUUUUGUCGCGGGAUGUUCGGCGUUCGUGUAGGCUGUUGGCAUCAUCAUCCUUUUUUUUUAAAUCUUUUUCUUUCAUGAGGAGUUGGAGUUUACAACGUUUCUGCUGUUUCCUCUGCCACCGUUUCUGGGUGGAGAUGUUUCAUUUGUCUUUGUUUUUUUUAAUUCCGUGCACCAGAGACGGGUGGAAGCGAGGAGCUACUCCGGGAGUCCAGUCCUGUGCCUUGGCAUGCCUUGUCCCCGAUGCUUGUUCUGUUGCCUGCUGAAGUUUUGAUCCGUUCGUGUCUCUGCUAGCUUCUGUGUGCCCGCCACUGAGCUGUCAGGAGGGGACGAAGGUUUCUCUCUGGUUUGUAGGUUCAUGGGUCUCCGUGGCAACCGACAUGUAGCCUCCACAGUCCCCUAACCCAGCCCACCUGCCGUGACAACUUUGGCCGGCUAUACAGUAAAAAUACUGAGGUGUAUAUUGUUACAUAUACCCAACGAAUCUGGGGCUCUGGUUUUAUAAAACGGUGUAUGAAUAAUAAAGUCAUCAGAUCCUCCCAAUCAUCCGGAAAGCAAAUAGUCCGGGGCACUAAUUUCACUCGAGUACUUUCAGCACAGAGGCCAGAUUUGGCACAUUUUAUUGUAUAUUUUAAUGUAUUUGGAAGUUUUGGGGGUAGAGGAGGAAAUGGUUUCAGACCCGCCUUGUUUUGGUUUUAAAUGGAGGAACACUGACGGAGCCUUGAUGGUCAAGGCGUGCUGGUCCGGCGGAUCACUUCUGCGUUCGUAGAGACGAGCGCGGACGACGAACCUGGAUCUGUUCGUGUGAAGAAAACUGCCACAACUGUGUGUGUAUGUGUAUGUUCUCCACGUCAGGAGAGUCUUUGUAGACUCAUCUCCCCUAUUUUGCUAAUAAAAAACAUUUACAAACCA